AUGGCUGCUGGGAAUGUUGUCUCCUGUGGUCGUAUUGCGAUGGCAAAAGUGCUGGUCGGUGGAUGCAAUGCGUACGGUGCUGGCCGUGCACAGAUAGCCGCGGUCACGAAAAACCACGUCGAGUUGGUGAAACUCCUUUCGCUUGAUGCGAGUAUCGUCGUUUUGAAGAAGAUCUUGAGAAGGUGUGGGCGAAUGCUCUACCGCACGAUUUUCAUGAGGGCUGCGGAGCGCGGGUUUCUCGGUUUGGUUGCGAUUUUGCAGAAUGAAGUCGAUACGCAGAGGAUUGAAUGUGCGCUCAGGAAAGCCCCUUCGGAUGGCCAUACUGAGGAGGCGAACGAAUUACCUCGUAAUAGCCACUUGACAAGUAUUGGGUGUGGCCUAGGAGAAGCAGCAGUUAAAGGCGAAGUGGGCACUGUUAAUCACUGCGCGGGCGCAGUGAUGCAGCAAGUAUCAGCAGUGCAUUGGCGUCAACGCAUGGGGUUGACCACCGUGAAGUCGUGCAACUACCGACCAGCAAGAAACCGCGGCUGGGGUGAAGAAAUCGUGGCCAGCAUGAACACGGUAAAGGAGUAUGCAUAG